AUGGAGAACGAGAGACAAGGUGAGAGCAGGGAAGGGCGAGAGGGGGGAAGAGAGGGAGGGAGAAGGAGAAAGAGGGUGGGAGAGCAGGCAGAAGAGCAUGAGUACGUGGGUAUGACAGCAUACAGGAGCAAGGAAGGGAGGAUGCAAGAAAACGAGAAAGCAGGGAAGAGACAAAUGGAGUACUGGAAAGAGGGAAGAUUCAAAGACUGUGGAGCCUCAGGAACAGAAUUUACUUCCUUCUUUACUGCAACAUCACUAACAAGCGCCAAAUUGACAAUGUGGACAUCAUUUAAAGUUGGACAUGGGGUGGAGAAAGUAGAAAUAUCAUUAGAAGAACAGAAGGUAAAAGUAACCUCAUCAUUGCCUGCUGAAGACCUUCUAGCAGUUAUCAAGAAGACUGGAAAAGCCACUGAAUACCUUGGGGUGCAGCAAUAAACAAUGGCAUUCUUUCACUAUUAAUUUUGUCAAUCAUGAACAUUGUAUGUAAAUUGCUUUAAUUUUUAUCUUUUUACUAAGAUUUUUACUUAUUUUAUUCAUGGAGGACUAUAUUUCCUUUUGGCUUUACUGUAUCCAUAUAAUUGCUCAGAUCUAGUCAUUUGCAGAUCUGUUAUCUCCAAGUAAUUCUGAAAGAUAAUGUACUUGUCAUAUGAAUAAGCCUCUAUAAUUGGGAUUAUCUAUCCUGCAAUUGAUCUCUAUAUUUGGUUGUACUCAAAGCUGCAAUGUAUAAUUAAACCAUAUUUUCUCUAAUUGUUUUAUCUUUGAUCAGACUUUUAUUUCACCAUGUCUGCAAGCAUUAGUCAUGUUCAUGCACAUGUCAUGUUAUCAGAUUAAAGGUCAAUUACUGUUCAUCUAGGCAGGAACCAAGCUUGUUGAAACAAAAGUUUUAAAUGAAAUGACUUAACACUUUGAAAAAAUAUAUUUUUCUUAUUCAUUUACAUCACUAAUGUAAAUCUAUUUACAAGUUACCCUAUAUACAGAAAGCAAUGUACAUUUUUUAAUCCACAAACCUGGUCUGAAAGUAUGCUCCAUUUUCUCAAAACAGCAGUUAAACAAAAGCAAUAACAUCACUCAAAAAUAAGUUUCAAAACCUUGUUUUACAAUACUUCAUAUUAUUAACAGAUCUGUUUGUAUAAAUAGUAGGAAUGUAAAACUGCAAAGAAAUUAUUUGGUAAACAUUCAGUUAAGGAAGCGAAUUGACAUCUUCUGUUCUACAUCUGUGCGUUCUAGAGCUUUACAAAAUUCUUCAAAGGAAAUCAUUUGAUCCCCGUUUUGAUCAGCCUCCAAAAUUGUCCUCUCUGCAAUGCUUGUCAGUUGUUCCUCACUAAUGUUGGCACCAACCAUCAUGUGCAAAAUAGCCAGCAACUCAUCACGAGAGAUUUUUUCAUCAUUAUCCAGAUCGUACAUUUUGAAUGCGAACUUCAAUUUUUGUUCCCUGGAGUUGAGCUUAUUGUCCCGCCCCUUCUUAAUAGGACGGAAAUGAGCCAAUACUUGCAUGAACUGCAAAAAAUUUACACGAUCACCACAUCCCUCCUCGAAGAAGGCGUGCACAAUUCGGUCUCCGAGAGGAUUAAUAGCCAAUUCAGGAAUCCUGAGGAAAUCUUCGCGGCUCAAAGUUCCACAAUCGCCGCGAUCCAAGCUUGUAAAACGACUAUACAAUCUUUCGAUUUGAUUUGGCGUGAACCCAGUUUCUUCUUGAAUUUGGGCGAUCUCUUCUUCUCGCAACAACAAUGAUGACCUGUUACCCAUCGGUAAAUGUUUCUUGCAACAGAAUCUGGAGCAAAAUUAAGGUAAUCACCCACAACAACUACCAAACACGAUACACGAGCGUUGUUGUAAAUACUCGAAGAGCCUACAGUCGAACUAAUAAUGACGGGCGAAGGGCAGAAAUACGCAGCGCGUUUU